AUGUCGACCUUACCGCCGUCGUCGCGGACGGCCUCUAACUCUUCGGCUGGACCCUGUCCUCAAUUCCCAGCUCCUAGAUCACGGAAAAGCCUACCUGUUGCAUCUGACACGUCAAGGGCACCGUCCCCAUCCCAAACGUCCCUCAAGACGCGCACCCCUUCUAGCCCUAGAUCAAGUCUUGGACGAAACCUCCUGUCUAAUUCGAUGACCAAUACCAGCACAUCGCGGACCGUUGCCGGUAGCCGGGUUCCGAGUAGCCCCGAUAAAUCGCUCCGACGAACCAUCAGCAUUGCAGCGUUUCCUCAGCCACCUAGAUCAGGGAGCCGCCCUUCUACUGCGUCUUCACUAUCGGGAAUACAGGGCGUCCAUCCAUCUGGGAGUGUUAAGGCCAGGAAAAGCUCGAGACUAAGUACAGGAACCACCAGUAGUUACCGGAGUUCUAAAACCGCAUCGUUGCUGAGUGGCGCUGGGGAUGCGAAAUCCAUUUCGACUACUGAAGCGCGAGAUGCGGAAGGCUCCCCUUCACAAAGCAGAAGCUCAUCUGCGCAAGGAUCUUACUCAACUAGUGCAACUACGUUUGAAGAUGCCGAUGAAGGCGUACCGAAAUCAAACUCUAGGCCGAAAGAGACAAAGGGGAAUGUCAUCGUGAGCGUCCGAGUACGCCCUGAUGUGAAUGGUGCCGAAACCGCAAAGACCCCUGAAUGGUCAGUAGAUGGGAGGCACGGCCUCAUCUCUUAUAACGGAAAGGAGGGCGGCGAUUAUUCGUUUGAUAACGUGUUCUCCCCUCAUGAACAUAACGCGAAGAUUUACGACUCUGCAGCGAAACGUCUAGUGAGGCGGGUAAUGGAAGGAUAUCAUGGUACAGUCUUCGCUUACGGCAUGACUGGUACUGGCAAGACGUUCUCCAUGCAAGGAACUGCAACCUCCCCGGGAGUGAUACCGUUGGCAAUAACAGACAUAUUCUCCUUCAUUAGGGAAACACCACAUCGAGAGUUCUUGUUGCGUGUCAGCUAUCUGGAGAUAUACAAUGAGAAAAUUCACGAUCUGCUGUCAGCCUCGGUAUCUGGCGGAACCGCUGCCCCUCAACAGGAGGAAAUCAAGCUCCGCGAAGACAGCAAACGUGGUGUAUAUGCCACGCCACUGAAAGAAGAGAUUGUUCAAAGCCCGACACAGCUUCUCCGUGUGAUCGCGAGGGGCGACCAUGCUAGGCGGACUGGUAGCACGCAGUUUAACGCUCGCAGCUCUCGAAGUCACGCGGUUGUCCAAAUUGUUGUCGAGAGCAGGGAACGAGUGCCUGCCGGAGCUUCUCAAGAUAGACGGUCAGGCUUGGUCCCAGGUGGAGUCCGAGUGUCGACGCUGAGUCUAAUCGAUCUUGCUGGUUCAGAGCGCGCUGCUGAGGACAAGGAACGGCGUACGGAAGGUGCCCAUAUUAACAAAAGCUUGCUUACUUUGGGAACUAUUAUCUCUAAACUGUCGGAGGCAAGAGAUAAGACCGGGAACCCAACUGAUAAAGAGGGGAAACACCUUCCAUAUCGGGACAGCAAACUCACGAGAUUACUGCAGCCUGCUUUGUCAGGGAACUCACUGGUCAGUAUUCUUUGCACGGUUCAGCUAGGAGGGACAGCUAAGUCUCAUUCCGGCGAAACGCUCAACACCUUGAAGUUCGCAGCUCGAGCCAAGAACAGCAUUGUCAGCCAUGCUAAACGCGCGGAGGAAGCAUUUGGUAGUGGUGGAGGUGAUGCUGGAAGCAGAGUUCUCCUGGAGCGGUACCGUAUGGAGAUUCAGACGCUCCGUAACCAGUUAGAGAGUCAGACCAAGGCCCAAGCUGAGAAGGAGCUGAAGCUGGAAGAGCAGCAGCUCGAAAAAGAAGCACAGGCACGCCACGAAGAGCAAAUGCUUGAAAUGCAACUGGCUCGGACGGCAUUAAAGGAAAGGAUCGAGCAUUUGAAUCGUUUGAUUCUAUGUUCAAAGUCUACUGGUGUAAAUACCUAUGGAAGCAUAUCCGCUCUUGGUCGCCUUUCAAGGAUGUCGGCUACCGAAACUGGGUCUCGAUCCUUGCGUUCGUCACUCAGCCAGUCUACAUUAGGCGCAUAUGGGCACUCGUCGCUCCGACCAGUCUCCUUUCUUUCUGUUAACAGCAGUGAUUACCCUGGUAAUCAACCGUUCUCAAAUGGUCAUCUUGGGAAUGAAGAUGAGGAUGAUUUUAUUGGCGAAUUCGCGGAUGGAAAAGCAAGCGCCCAAAGACAAAUCGCAGCCCUUCAGGCCGACCUUAACGACAAAAAUCGUUAUAUCUCUACGCUAGAGCGGCGGCUUCUGCAAGCACGACGGUCCAGUCAUUCCCGCAUGUCCAUAGGUGUGAAGGCUGGGGGCACUACUUCUGACGCCCCUGAUGUACUAGCUCUUUUACGGAAGAAAGACAUGGAGAUCAAUGAGCUUCGUCUACAACUAGACGAUAAGGACCGGAUGCUUGCUGCCCUUCGUUCUGCUGCUCGACACCGAGAUCUUGCCCAUUCAGCAGCCGACUCCUUCGUGUCAGACACAAAAGAGAGACCCGGGCGUCAGGAACAUCAAUCCGAUGGCGAUGACUCAGCGGCUUAUGACUCGGCCGUUGGUCUCUGUUCACCACUCAAAGAGGAAGAAACGGAAGAAAAGAGGCGUGGCAUGGACGACGUGUCACGCAUUUUGGACGAGAUGUUACAGGACCGCCUUGAGAGUGGGCACCUCAUCAAGGGCUCUCGUGGGAGUGUUCGCGUUGCCGCAGAAAGUAGGCGGGCAUCUGAAUCUAUGACCGGCUUGCCAGGGUUGAGCACGGGCACUACGGAUUUGGCAAGCUCUGGCUGA